AGAAAAUGUAACAGUAGAAUAACAGUGGUUUAACCAGCUCAACACGACUCCCAAUGUGUAUACUGUAUAUAUAAGAGGAAUUCAAGGGGCUCCAUAUGAAAUUCCACCAUCUGAGUUUUGCAGUUGCACUCACCUGGGCGGAGCCGUGGUGGUCGCGAGGAUGACGGCGGCGACGGCGACGGCAGCCAAGGCGGCGGAUGAAUCGGCGCCUCACCCUGUCAAGGACCAGCUCCCCGGCGUCGAUUUCUGCGUCAACAGCAAUCCUUCAUGGCUUCAAGCAAUUAUUCUUGGAUUUCAGCACUAUUUGGUAAUGCUUGGGACCACUGUGAUAAUUCCCACCAUAAUUGUACCUUACAUGGGUGGUACCAAUUUGGAGAAGGCUCAAGUGAUACAAACUCUGCUGUUUGUUUCUGGGCUCAACACAUUGUUACAGACCUGGUUCGGGACCCGGCUGCCUGUGGUCAUUGGUGGCUCAUUUAGAUUCAUUGUCCCGUCUCUAUAUGUCGCUUUUGCCGGGAGAUAUUUCUUCAAUUUUCAUCCUUAUUUGAGGUUUAUUCGGACGAUGAGGGCAAUACAAGGCGCCCUCAUGUUCGCCUCCAUACUCCCCAUGUUGCUUGGUUUCCUCGGACUCUGGAGAAUUGUUGUGAGGUUCUUGAGUCCACUUUCUUCUGUGCCUCUAGUGGCUCUUGUUGGACUCGGUCUCUAUGAACAGGGAUUCCCACUGCUUGCAGAAUGUGUGGAAAUUGGGCUUCCGGAACUAAUUAUUCUCGUUUUGUUUUCUCAUUACAUCCCUCACAUGUUGAGUUCGAAGCGCCCGAUUUAUGACCGUUAUGCCGUCCUAUUAUCAGUGGGGAUAGUAUGGGCUUAUGCAGCCCUUCUUACAGUGGCCGGUGCAUACAGAUAUCGGUCACUGAACACUCAGUUAAGUUGCCGUGUGGAUAGUUCGGGACUUGUAAGGGUAUCCUCAUGGAUUACCCUUCCGUACCCGAUUCAGUGGGGUCGACCAAGUCUACAUGUUGGAGAAGUCCUUGUCAUGCUAGCAGCAGCUUUUGUUGCCAUGGUCGAGUCGACUGGGGCAUUUAUUGCUGCAGCUAGAUAUGGAAGUGCUACUCAUCCUCCAGCUUCUGUUAUUAGCCGAGGGAUUGGAUGGCUGGGAGUUGGUAUGCUUCUCGAUGGUCUAUUCGGUACAGGAUGUGGAUCGACUGUAUCAGUUGAAAAUGUAGGAUUACUGGCUCUUACACGAGUUGGAAGCCGAAGGGUGAUUCAGAUUUCAGCCCUUUUCAUGCUUUUCUUUUCGAUCUUCGGAAAGUUCGGAGCUAUUGUCGCUUCCAUUCCACUGCCAAUAGUUGGUGCUUUGUAUUGCGUCCUGUUUGCUCUCAUGUCAUCUGCAAGUCUCGGCUUACUGCAAUAUUGCAACCUCAACAGCUUCAGAACAAAGUUCAUCAUAGGCUUUUCCUACUUCAUGGGCCUCUCGGUGCCGAGGUAUUUCAGCAACUAUGUCUUGACUUCGGGUCAUGGCCCAGUCCACACUCAUUCUAUAUGGUUCAACAAAAUGAUGCUAGUGAUAUUUACAUCCCCAGCAGUGGUGGCCGGUUUAGUUGCCUACUUUCUCGACCUCACAGUCGCGCGCAAACACGGGUCAACCAGAAGAGACAGUGGGCGUCACUGGUGGGCCAAGUUCAAGGAUUUCGACAAGGACCCGAGGAGCGCGGAAUUUUAUUCACUUCCGUAUGGACUCUCUAAGUAUUUCCCUUCGCACUAAUUUAAUACUCGAUGGAGUUAAGAAUGUUGAUUUGCAUGGAAAACAUGCAACAGUGAGCUAUGUUUGCAGAAGAUAUGUGUGUGUGUGUGAGUGUGUGGAGAAUUGGCUUUUGUAUAGAGCAAGUGAAUGAAGAGGAAAUAUGAAUCUUGAUGAUUUGUAAAUGAUGUAUGUAUGCUUGAGGUGUUGCAGUAGUAAUAGUCGAUUUACUUUGAAUUGUCGAUUUUUAUUUUUUAGUACUCGUCAUUUGACGUGGAUAACUUUUAAUUUCAAGUCCAUAAAUAAU